GUCAUCGAGGGAGGAUCCGCGCAGGCAAUGUUGAAAGAGAGGAUGCGCUCGCUCGCGCUUUGAGCAUCGCUAAGAACGAGGGAGUCGCAUUUACUGUAUCAGAUCUAAAUUAAAGAGAACUUGCUCAAAUCAAAGGAAAUCCUAGCUUUGCACGGAACAUGGCAUCAAAAUGCCCCAAAUGUGACAAAACUGUUUAUUUUGCGGAGAAAGUGACAUCUCUGGGGAAAGACUGGCACAAAUUCUGUCUGAAAUGUGAACGCUGUAACAAGACCCUGAAUCCAGGAGGACAUGCAGAGCAUGAUGGGAAGCCAUACUGCCACAAGCCAUGCUAUGCUGCCCUCUAUGGACCAAAAGGUGUGAAUAUUGGUGGGGCAGGAUCAUAUGUCUAUGACACACCUGCCAACGAUGAUACUGCCCCUGUUGCCAUGGAAACCAAACCCAAGACUGAAGAGAAAAAGGCUACCAGGGGUCCAGUGAAGGCUGCAAGUUUCAGUUCGUUCUCUGGUGAGCCAAACAUCUGCCCAAGGUGCAACAAAACAGUGUACUUUGCUGAAAAGGUCAGUUCCCUGGGUAAAGACUGGCACAGACCCUGUCUGCGCUGUGAGAGGUGCAGUAAGACUCUGGCUCCAGGCAGCCAUGCAGAGCACGAUGGCCAGCCCUACUGCCAUAAACCCUGUUAUGCUGUUCUCUUUGGGCCAAAAGGAGUUAAUACCGGAGGUGUUGGCAGUUACAUAUACGAGGACCCAAACACUGAAAGCCAGUCCUAAGAACCGCAACCACACCAGCAGUAUUAGCAACCUUAGAUUCAAGCCUUUUGUCUGCUUCCUUUAAAUCUUCCUCUCUUUCUUGAGUCUGCACUGAUCUUGUUAAUCUUUGGAGUGCCACUUGCAUACUAAUUCCACUCAAAAUGAGCUAGUAUUACUAAUUACUAACAGAAGUAUGUGUUUAGCCUUUUUGCUGUAUUUGUUUUUUUUUAUAUUUUUAAGAAUGUAGUUAAGAUAUUGGUUUUUUGACUGUGACUAAAUGACAGGUAACAACGAAAUUUAGUUUAGAAUGAAAUGUUUUUGUCAUUAGUACUAACAUAGUUGUGUAGCAUUUUAGCACACUUAUUUAUUAUACAUUAUUGACAGCAUAUGUUUUUUUCUGAACUUUGCACUUAAGAUAUGUUUAUGUAUUAAAAAAUAUUUGUAUUUGUAAUUAAAAAAUAUUGUUAAGUGUA